AUGAUUGGAUUGUUGGCAGUGUCCAACUGGGGAAAUUUAUUCCGAACUUUUGGUGGUAGCGCUUUUAGUUUUCAUUCCACUAAAAUGUUUGUCUACGGAAAAUAUGUAAGAGUCAUUGAAUAUCCGUUCGGAGAUAUGCGUACCAUUCGAUUAAAUAUCAACUCGUACGAACAUUUGAAAAAACGAAUUGCGGAAGCUCAUGGCUUGGAUACCAGUUCCAUUCAACAAGUGCAUCGAUAUGAAGAAAAUUGGUGGACAGAAAAAAUCAAUGACAAUGAAGAUGUACGAUCUCUGAAAGAAUAUCACAUUCUAUUAUGGAGUAGAAGUACAGGACAUAUUCCAACACGUAACGUCAAUCUCAAAGAAAUUCCAGAUGAAGUCAAUCAAGAAGCUGAAGCAUUAGCUGAAGGAACUGGAGCUGGCGGAAAAGGAGUAUCUGAAUCAUUGACAACCACAGAUCACAAACACGAUGGUGGUUAUUCAACACAUGAUAAGACUGUGACUACCCUCUCGUUUGUUCAUCACUUGAAGAAGAAGGAUCUUUUCACAGAUGAAGAGUAUCAAAUUUUGACAGAGUUGAUUUUACAACAUGACCCCUAUAUUUUGAGUUUACAUACGAAUUUUAAGGACGAUGAAAACAGUUUUGUAAUUUAUGCCAAACGUAAAGUCAUUGAUUACACGGUCGGAUUUCAUGCCAUCUCCUUGCCACAGAAUUUGAGGCAAAAGAAGACUGGUGUGAAAGAGGAAAAGGAUAAAGAUGAAGAGAAUGAUUUGAAUGCUGUCUAUUGA